AUGGCCUCGGAAGUGCUGCCACAGGACUUCAAAAUCAUAUCGUCUCUACGCUACGAUCCUGCUCUUUCAACGAUAGGCAAGCGGGCAGCGACUAGAACAACACCCGAUCCAUUGACCACACCGUAUUAUCUCCUCCCUUACCAUCAAGAACGCCUUCGAAAUGCAGCGGCAUGUUUCAGCUGGGGAAAGGCUCUCGCCUUCCUGAAUCAAGACACGAAUCAGUUCGUCGAGUUUCUUAACACCUUCAUUCCGGACAACACCAAGCCAUGGCGCCUCCGAAUUCUCCUCGAUAGCACGGGCACUUGCGAGGUUGAGGUCAACCCGACGACGUCCAUGAAUCCGCUAAAUUAUCUAACUCCAACCGAAACGAACCUUCAGUCCACUGCCUGGCGUGUAUACAUCGAUUCCGAACGCAUAUCCCCAUCCGUUUUCACCACACACAAGACUACGGCUCGCGACUUCUACACAGCUGCACGACUCCGAUCGGGAAUAGUUUCUUUUGUAGAGCCUGCGGAAGUUCUUCUGGUAAACCCGGCGGGUGAGAUCAUGGAAGGAAGCAUUACAACACCAUACUUCAGGCGACGAGAUACGACGGAUGGGGAGGGAAAGCCAGCUUGGAUUACACCGCCGCUUUCCAGCGGUGGCAAUGCCGGUACAACGAGGCAAUAUGCUUUAGCACAGGGAUUCUGCGCUGAGGAUACAAUUGCAGCUACUGACCUAGUGGAUGGCGAGGAGUGCUGGCUCAGCAAUGGUGUCCGAGGUUUCAUCCGCGGUCAGAUUGUACUAGGAGGAAUCGACGAGCCACAUGCCUAA